GCUACAUUGAAGCAGCCUUGGCAGUGUGAAGAAUGAUGGAAGAGGUGACCGGGCAGAAGAGUGUGAUCCUUGGGCUACUGGACAAGGGCAAGGAUGAGAAGAAGUCAGAGGUCAGACAGAAGGCAGAGGCUUCCAUCCUGGCCACGGCAGGAGAUGAGGCAAUUCCUGCCAUCGGCGUCACUCGUCUCAUCACACAGGUUGUGGAGGACUUCUGUUCAAGUGCAUGGCCUGGCGAGAGGAUCCAAGGCCUCUUUGCACUGCGCGAGCUGACCUUCGUUCUGGAGAAGGACCGUGUGCAGUGCUAUGUGCAACAGAUCACAAAGCCGGUCCUUCUCAGCUUUUCCGACGAGGACGCGCAGGUGAGGUACAAGGCCUGCGAGGCCUUCUACAACAUCGCCAAAGUCAUGCGCUCCGGCAUCCUGCAGGAUAUGGGCGCUGUCUUCGAUGGACUUUGCAGGCUCUACACAGACGUGGAGCAGAACAUCAAGGAGGGCGCCCAGAGCCUGGAUCGGCUGGUGCGGGACAUCGUCGUGGAGCAGCGCCAUUUCGACUACUCCGCGCUAAUUCCCCUCAUCACCUCCAGGAUUCACGUUUUGAAUCCAUCCGUGCGGCAACUGGUCUUGGGCUGGAUCGUAUUGCUGGACUCACUGCCGCAGGUGGAUAUGAUUGCCUUCCUGCCGCACUACUUGGAGGGUCUCUUCGGCAUCCUGGCCAGCGACAACCGGGACUUCCGGCUCAAGGC